GUUUUUUGUUUGCCAGUUCUAAAAUAUGAAGAUAGCGCCGACUUCUGGUCAAUUUAAAAACGGCGGCUCUAAAAAUGCGGAAGCGUUAAGUUUGUCUCUUACGGCCUCCCGUAGAUAAUCGCAGUCAUGUCUGCCUCCAUGGCCGUCCUGCACAGAUGCUGCCAGCGCUCAGCUCUCCUUGUUGCUAGGCGACAGUGGAUCUCCAGCUCAGCAUCUCGUCCUCCUCUUGUAUCGAGGCUCCUUCUUUUCCUCACGCAGAGAUUUUAUGAUGUAGAAAUGCUCAUCAGCUGGAAGUCUAACUUUAAAAGAAGCCAGCUCCAGAAAAAGAACGCGUAUUAUGGCUUCACUGAAAGCUUUUAUGGGAAAGACAUCGCAGCAGCGUACUAUAUCUUAAAGCUGAGGGGAGGAUUUCGGUUUGUCGGCCAGUCCGACUGGUUCCGUGCAAACAGAAGGGGAAAGUUCAGCUGGGAUUUCCUACAGUUCAAAAACACUCCUCUGGAGGAAGUAGACAUGAGCCACACUCUUGUCAACUACACUGGACUAACUAACUUAGCGACACAGAAACAGUUGCGGACUCUGAGGUUGAGAGGCUGUCCUGAGAUUGAUGACUGGUUCCUGGCGAGGCUCCACAUCUUCCAGGAUUCUUUGGAGGAGUUGGACAUCUCAGAAUGUCCACGGAUCACCACGGGAGGGCUAGUUGCCCUCAGAAAUCUCAAGGGACUGAAGCUCCUGAACGUAUCCUCUCUCCCGAGGGUCUCAAGUCCUGGUUUGGUGAUUAUCCUGUUGGAAGAGAUGUUACCUCAGUGUCAGAUCACCGCUGAGGGCUACAACCACAGCCUGAGGGGGGCAGAUGAAGAGGACAUGGAGAGCAGAAAGAGCCUGAAUGUUUAGAUCAGCUGCUUAUGGACAAACGACGGAAUUUUCAUCAGUUUAUGUGGAAGCAGCAGAAAAAAAGGGAAAAUUGGACUUCAGAAAUUCAGUUUGUAAAGAACUUUGUUGUUAAGAGUCCACACUAUUGUGUACAAUAAUGUUUAAAUUAUUAAAAUGACUUUAUUUGGUGAGAACUUUAACAUACAAUGAUGUGUUUAUGGGAGUUGAGUUUAAACACGAUUGUAAAUAAAGAUUGUAUAGAUGUU